AUGACCAAGCUCAAAAAUUUACAGUCAGGUUUUCUGCUUUCUAGUCUUAUAGUUCAGGCUUCGGCAGGCAUAUACUACGACUCAGCAUCAUGUAACAAAUACCUACCACUCUUAGAUCAAGGCGCCCUUGCUGCUUUCGAAAUGGGCCAUCUCGCUCAAAUUGCUAUUGGAGCUCCUGUACAGAAUGAUCCUAACGGCAAUGUAUGGGGCUUUCCUGAUACUGAGAGCAGGGACUUGACGGGGAAAAUCUUUGGAUCGCCUGCGGAAAAUUUCAGGACUUUCCUAUCAAUUAUCAAUAUGUAA